UUUUUGUUGUGGCUUAUAGGUUAUGUAAAGUGAAAUUUUCAAAAUUGCGUUUCAAUUAUUAUUAAAAAUUAUGGAUAAAAUCGAAACGGUCGAAGACCAAGAAAAGCUAAUCAUCCAAAACUCCAUUAAAUACAUGGAUCAGUUGACCAGAAUCGGGCCUCUAAAUCUACCAACAUUGAAAUCACUCUACAGAACAAAGGUCAGAUUAAUGGAACUGCGCCAGAAAAUUUUCUUGCCAGAUCAGAAACGCUACAGCCGCUGUCAGUGUUGUUUUAUGGAUUACUCAGAAGGAGAUACCAAAUUUGAAGUGCAACCUGCUAAAUUAAGCUCGUUUGCUAAGCAAGUUAUAGCCAAAGCUAAAAAAGAAGCCUAUUUAACUGAUUAUCAGAAAGCUUAUUACAAAAAAUUACUUAAAAAGUUUCCCAAUGGCUUUCAAGAUCAGAACAAACUGAUUCAAACUUGUAGUCAUUGCAAAAAAAAAUCAGUAGUUUGGAUGGAUAAGCCAAUCAAGAAAACUUUAGCCAAGAAAAAGCCACCAAAAAAGAAAAAGAAACUUAAAACUGACAAGUUUUGUGGCCUCAACCAAAGCAUUGUUACAUCUACCAAGGCAAAGAAACCCAAUCAAUUAGAUGUCAGCAAUGCCUUUAUGGCACCAGAACAAUCAAAUUUAAAUGCCACAGUUAGUAUGACCAACACAAGAGGUUUUGGGACAGCUCCCUUAAAAAAAGUCAAACAAAAAAUUAAAUUGUCUUCAAAGAAAACCACUGAUGAAGUGCCAAAGCCAAUUAUUUUGCCAUUUGUUGCUAGGCUGAAUGAAAAACUUAAAAACAAAAAUAGGAAAAGUUUGAAUAAUAUUUUACAGAAAGCUGUUGAGAAUAAUAAUGUAGUAAAAAGUACUACAAAGUUAAAAGAUUUCUUAGCUAGCAUAUAAUUUUUCAUUUAUCAUUCAGCCCAAUAUGUGCCUGGUUUCAUUAGAUAGCAGGCCUCAAAAUUUGCGGUCAAUUCAUUAAUAAAUUUUUGUCUAUAUUAAUUGAUAAAAAUACUUCCGUUUGAUAACCUAAUUUCAACUGCGAAUAUUAUUCCGAACAAUGCCAAUCAACUAUUUACGCCUACACACCUUUUAAAAUAUUUUGUAUUAAUUGUUUAAUUAGAAUAAUUUGAAAAAAAGCUGGUUGCAAUAUUUUGAAAGAAAUCACUGAACAGACUUUGUAAAUAAAUAAAUGUGUUAAUUUUA